AGUGGGAGUCGGUCCGCCGCCACGCCAUGGCUGUCCGCGCGUGUUCCCUUCUCCUGAUACUAGCCUCCGCGCAUGCGUUCAUAGACGAAGCGGUCGACGUGCUCAAACUGGGCAAGGAGAUCGGUGAAGAAGUGCUCAACUCAUGGGACAUUCUAGGUAAACCGUUGAACCUAUCGGGCGGGGUCGACCUGCCCGUUAUAAGGCGGCGGGAGAGGAUGGUUUUGGGGCGGCUAGCUGAGAUAUCGCGUAAGAUAGAAAGACUUGAACUGGGGUUAGAAGGGACCAGAGCAGUGGCGAUGUUGAUAGCGAAGACAGCGGGACGCGGAGCUCGAUUGGAGUUGAGAUUACAUGAAAUGGCAGAUUUACUCAGCAGAGUGGCGGUCGCCGAUCUGCAGAUGCGGGAGUAUGUGCGACUCCAGAAGGAGUUGGAACGGUCCACGUUGGAGAACUUCGCGCUGUGGUGCGUGUCCCACGACUCGACGUCGUUGCCGGGCUUGUUGGAGAGGGUCCACUCGUUGAUAGCGCCCCCACACAAGCACCUACUCGGUCGCGGCAUUUUGAAUUUGGUGCUGGAUGACUUGCAGGAGGAGCAUCCCGAUCUUUGCGAGCUGCAACUGUCCCCGCACCAGCUCAUCUACGACAUGUACAACACGAUAUCACUGACUGAGAUCAAGGGGUACGCCAUGAUGCAGUUCUCGUGGAUGCUGCUCAGGAUUUAUGGAAAAGGCAACUUUACACAAGAAGCCAGCCUGACAAGGCAGAGGUAUGGAGAGAGAACAUCCCGCACGGCAGCCGCUGCGAGGGCCGCUUUGGCAAUGGCCAGAAGAGAUCUGUAUAGAUGCGACCCUCCACAACAUAAGCUAGGUGAAACAUAUGAAGAGGUGACUCGAUUGCUGCAAGGGUACAUAGAGAACGAGGUGGACAUGAACUCCGACAACACGUGCAGGGAGAACUGCGCGCACUACACGCUGGCGGAACACCACACGUGCUUCAAAGAGCAGUUCUGCUCCAAGCAGCCCGCGUGCAAGGGCAGAAUCAUAGACUGCAACUACAUAGACUCCGACAUGUGGAUCUGUAGAGCGGGGGAGAAUAGCAAACGGAGAUACGAAUGGAUCGAGUACGAAAACGGCAGGGUAUUGGGCAAAGCUGGCAGCUGUCCGCGUGGCACCACUAAGGUCGACUCCUGGUGGAAAUGGAACCUCCUCCACUGCUCUUACUGCAUGUGUCUUUGCGAAGACGAUAUCGGAUCGUCUGAACGCACUUUCAGCUUGCGAGACGUGAUAGCCGAUAUUAACAACAACAAGGUUGUCACUGGUUUGAGACUUGUAAAGCACGGGCGAGUAUUCCACCUUCAGAUAAGCGAAGGAACUUUAGGAGAGAGGGGUUCAGUCAGCCCCGGUAGCUGGGUGCCAUUGCAGAAGUUCGAUGUAACAGACCCGGGGAUAAGAGACGGCGUGGACUACCACACGAUGUCUUACGAGAGAAGGGCCAUCGAUUUGGAUGAAUUGGAUUCACCGACUGGUUACAUCCUAACUGGUGUCAGGUUCCGAAUGAUCGGUGCACAUUUGCACUUCGAGAUCCGCUCGACGCCCUUCAACUACACGACGGGAAGGCUGGCGCCCGGCAGGAGCCAUUGGAUCAGCAAUGACAAUACAGAGGGCGGUGAUGUUCCCCGGACCGAGUUGAAGCUGCACAAGCCGGACAUACCGACGCGCAGCACCAGGGCGCUGCCGGUGGACUCCAAGCACGACCAGUACAUCGAGUUCACGCACAGCGACUUCGACGCUGACGCGGCGCAGAGCACGGUGCCCUUCGUUGACAUCCAGCCGCUUGAGCCACUCAAAGGGUCAGCGCUGCUCAGCGGCGCGGGCAUCAUGCACCGCGGCGCGCGCGGCUCCGGCGGGUUCGUGGCGGCCAAGCUCUUCACCUACGACUACUCGCGACACGUCAGAGCCGAACUGCCGCCCGCGUUCGUUGACCCCGAAGUUGACAAAGACUUAGUGCUGCCAGUCAGCAAUAAUUAAUUGUAACUUAUUGAUAAUGACAAUAUUAUUAGACGAUUAAUAUACUCAUUUGUAUUACGUAAUUUGAGAAAUAAAUUUACGGUUUAAGUGUGA